UUGACAUAUGACUUUUGAGCUAUUGUGUAAUUUUUUAAGGUUAUAAACAAAAAAAUGUUGAGGACACUAUAAAAUGUUCAAUCAUUCGAUAAAAGUUCCACGACAUUAUAAAAUAGCAGCAAACAUAUUCAAAAAAGUCGCAACGGAAGGUGGAAGCGUAAAAACAUUGCUAUACGACGAUAAACUUCGACACUUUAGAACCAAUGUGCUUUUCGCACUAAUUACUGAAACUAUCAAACAUGCUACCCAAAUAGACAAAAUAUUAGAGAGUUCUGGAAUGCUAGAAGCUGAAACUCGGUUUGAUCCGUGGUUGGCUAAAGUUCUCACUGCUGAGCUUUUGUAUGGCAAAAAGUCACUACCGGGAAAGAGCAAACCAGAACAGACUAUACUAUCUUAUAAAGAUAAAUUCGAAAAGUAUAUUAGUGAAAAUGGCGAUGACACGGAGACUAAAGUUGUUAGCCGACCACGCUAUGUGCGUAUAAACACUAACUUGCUGACAACAUCUGAUGCCAUUAGAGCAUUCCAAGAUGAAGGCUAUAAAUUCAUCCGCUGUACCUCUGGCUCCUACGAUGAUUACCUGCAACAGAUACAGAAUCUCACAGAAUAUGAUUUUACACAAGACUACCAUGUCAAAACAAUAUUUGUUUUCUCUUCCGGCACAAAAUUUCAUGAACAUGAACUGUACUAUGAGAAUAAAAUUAUUUUACAAGAUAAGGCAACAGCUAUGGCUGUCCACCUGCUGGCUCCACCGGCUGACAGUGUGAUUCUCGACAUGUGUGCCGCGCCAGGUAUGAAGACUACACAGCUUGCAGCUUACAUCAGAAAUCAAGGGAAAAUAUAUGCAGUUGAAAGGAAUAAGGAAAGAUUUGACACACUUUGUGAUUUUGUUGAGAAAACAGGAUCGAAAUGUGUUCAAACACUUCAUCAAGAUGCUUUGGAACUAAAACGUGGCGAUUACGACGACGUGGAGUAUAUCCUUCUUGACCCCAGUUGUUCGGGAUCUGGUAUGCAGUUCAGUGUUCACAAUUACGUCGAAGAUACAAGAAUGGCUCGACUUACUUCACUCCAGGAGAAAUUUUUAAAGCACACCAUGAAUGCAUUUCCAAAGGCAAAGAGGAUAGUAUACAGCACCUGUUCUCUUUAUCCCGAGGAGAAUGAAAGAGUUGUUACAAACGUUGUAAAGACAUCUAGGGCCAGAUGGAGAGUCCAAGAUGUUAAAGAGUUACUCAAAGGGCAAUGGAAUAAUUUUGGCUCGGGAAUGUAUGGAACCAUGGGUGCGAGAUGCCUUUACGCGAAGCCUGAAACAGACUUCACGACUGGAUUCUUUUUAGCUGUGCUUGAUAGAGAUCAGAGCGAUAUAGACAGAAAUCAAGGAAGCAAAGUGAAUGAUAAUGUAGAAGCCAAAAAUAGUACAAAAGAAUUUAAUAAAGCGGGACAUGAUGAUUCAAAGGAGGCAGCAAAUAAUCAAAUAGAAGAACCACAGAAAGAAAAGAAAAAUAAGAAAAAGAAAGAAAAAAGUGAUGAUGUAUCAGAAACAAAUUUAGGUAUGAAUAUCGAAGAAGGGGAGAGUGAAGUAAAUAAUGAUAUCACAAAAGAAUCAAAGAAGAAGAAGAAGAAUAAAAGUAUUACUAAAGAAGAAAAUGGUAUUCUUGAAUCAGUCUGCUCAGAUGAGUCUAACGACAUAAAACGAAAGAAAAAGAAAAAAGAUAAGAAUGAGAUCACUAAAACCAAUGGUUUUGUUAAUACACCAGAUAGUGAUAUAAGUGACGUGCCAAAGAAGAAAAAGAAAAAAAAUAAAGAGCCAGUACUCUUAGAGGAAAGCCAAGACAGUCAAGUUCAUGAGUCAACUGAAGUGCCAAAAAAGAAAAAGAAGAAAAGAAAAAAUAACGAUGAAUCUGUAGCAACAGAAGACACAGAAUUUAUAGAAACAACCGAAAAUUACGACUUGAAUGAAGUGCCUAAAAAGAAAAAGAAAAAAGAUAAAUCAGAAAAACCUGAUAAUAUUGCUACAAAUGAAGAUGAUAAUUUAAAUGUAUCAGUAAAGAAAAAGAAAGCGCCAUCGAUCGGGGAGUAGCGCAGCGGUGGGAAACUUUUAUCUGAAUCCUUCCCACAAAUUUAAAGAUGCUGGUUUGGAAUGACCGUUUUGAAAAUCAAUAAAUUUUACAUGUUUCGUAAA